UUCCGUUUUGUUUGAAGGAAGAAAGUCAAGAAAGAUAUUUCUACAGUUUAUCGCUGUUUUAGUGGCUUUAGAUGAACCCGAUUGCGUGUUAGAACAUUUAAAAAGAUGCCGAAUCUUCAAAAGACAUUCGAGAUUCUCAAUGAUCCACAAUUAGUUGUCCGGUUUCAGAGAAUAUGUGGAGUGAGAGAAGUGGAAGUUUCAAAAACCAAAAAUGGAUCAACAAAAUCAAAACCUACUCAGGAUGGACACACAUCUCCAUACAAUCUAAGAUCCAGAAAAUCAAACUCUGAAAAUGGCAAUUAUGACAAGCAUUUACCUGAUAGUGAUACUGGCUUGACAGAUAAAUGUUCACAAGAAGAAAGUGACUCUGGAUCUCAGUCUGUAUCCGACUCAGAAUAUGAACAAAGGGACAAAUUAUACAAAGUGCAAAUUGAUCACUGGAGUUUAUACUAUUUAUUCAGCUUUGGUGCAGCAUUAGGGAAUGAAGUAUUCUAUAGUACUUUUUUGCCUUAUUGGUUUUGGAAUGUUGACAGUUUUGUAAUACGCAGAGUUUUGAUAAUCUGGUGCAUUAUGAUGUAUUUUGGACAAUGUUUGAAGGAUGUGAUACGUUGGCCCCGCCCAGCAUCUCCACCUGUGAUACGAUUGGAGAAGCGCUAUGAACUGGAGUAUGGGAUGCCAUCAACUCAUGCAAUUGUGGGAUGUGCAAUGCCUUUCACAUGCUUUAUGCUUACAAUAGACAGAUAUGAGUAUUCAUGGACACUGGGGUUGCUAGGAUCAGUGACAUGGACACUCUUAGUGUGCCUUAGCAGACUCUACCUUGGCAUGCACUCUAUUCUCGAUCUUCUAGCUGGUCUAGGAAUUGUAAUAGUGUCCUUGCCUGCCUUGUUACCCUGGUUAGAUACCAUAGACUACUUUCAAAUCUACCACCCCUAUGCCCCUCUGGUCAUCAUUGGACUGGGCUUGUUUGGGGCUAUAUGUUAUCCAGCUAUGGACCGGUGGAGCACUGCGAGGGGUGAUACCACAUUGAUCAUAUCUGUUGCAUCGGGAGCUGCAAUUGGUUCCUGGAUGAACUACCAGAUGGGGUAUAUCACAGCUGCCGAUACGCCGCCACCUUAUUUGGUCAUAACUCCUGAUGCACGCUGGCUUGGAUUGAUGAUUAUGAGGAUGUGUAUAGGGUCUGUGGUGUUAGUCGCCACUAGAGCUAUAAUGAAAGCUCUUACAUUUCACCUUGUUUGUUAUGUGUUCAGAGUUAACAAGGUUGAUAAGGAGUCACGGCAGAAUAUCUGGAUAGAGCUAGCCUACAAGUAUCUCACAUAUACCAUGGUGUCUUUCAAUGUUGUGUUCCUAGCUCCACUCGUGUUCAGGUAUCUCGGCAUUGAAAGAAUUACUGCUUUUACGGAACUUUAAGAUCCUAUAAAAUCUGGAUGGUCUUCGAUAGAAAGAUAUUUUAUUGCAGUGGCCUUAUGUAUAAUAAAUACAUGUAAAUAUAAGUAUUAUACUGUAGAAAUACUAGGGGUCUAAUGGGGUGAAAAUUUUCGGUUCGGUUUGUGACUCCCUGAAAUAAUAGAUAAAGCUAUGGUAUGUUUGGUGGCAAUUUUGAAUUUCUUGUUAUAAAGUGCAAUAAUCCAUUGGUUUAAUCAUUUGGUUAUUCAUAAUGUAAUUUUUUCAACUUCUUUAUUUUGCAUCAAAUCCCCCAAACAAGAGUUGACUAAUGAUUUAAUAUCCCAGAUGCGAGUAGAAAUAAUCUUGAUUUACGUCAUUAAAUAUUCAAAAUUCAGUCAAAGUGAUGUCAUAUUUGAAAUCUACAUGUAAAA